AUGCUGUCACGUUACGCUCUCCAAUCGUCCGGAAUCGCUCGAACCCGAAUGGGCGUUCAGUGGCGGCACAUGUCAUUUCGUAAGUGUGGUUCAUUGAGAAUCGCCGCUGAAGUUCUAAUGUUUCAGAGCUCUCGGACACUCAGAAAGAGAUCCAAGCGGCUGCCCUCCAGUUCUCUAAAGAAGUGCUCCUCCCGAACGCCGCCAAGUACGAUAGAAGCGGCGAGUUCCCGUGGGAAAUUGUCCGUCAGGCUCACGGACUCGGAUUCAUGAACCCGAUCAUUCCGGAGAAGUACGGUGGCCCUGGAAUGGACGGAAUCAACACGUGUCUUGUGGUCGAAGCGCUAGCCUACGGAUGCACCGGAAUCCAGCUGGCGAUCGUCGGACCGUCGCUCGCAGUCGCUCCAGUUUUCCUGGCCGGUACUGAAGAACAGAAAAAGAAAUAUCUGGGAAUGCUGGCCGCGGAGCCGUUGAUCGCCUCGUACGCAGUCACGGAGCCGGGAGCCGGAUCCGACGUGGCGGGCACGAAGACAAGGCGGUGAAGAAGGGCGACGAGUACGUGAUCAACGGAUCGAAGGCGUGGAUCACGGGCGGAGGACACGCCAAGUGGUUCUUCGUGCUCGCGAGAACUGAGGACGACCCGAAACGCCGGCCGGAAAGGCGUUCACCGCGUUCAUUGUGGACGGAGACACGCCGGGCAUCACGAGAGGUAAGAAGGAGAACAACAUGGGACAGCGGUGCUCCGACACCCGCACAAUCACCUUCGAAGACGUCCGUGUGCCCAAAGAGAAUGUGCUCGGCGUCCCGGGAGCCGGUUUCAAAGUUGCAAUGGGCGCGUUCGACCUGACCCGCCCCAAGUUGCUGCCGGAGCAGUCGGUCUCUCCUGGAGGGCUCUCGACGAAUCGGUGAAGUACGCGAUGGAGAGAAAGGCUUUCGGAACGCCGAUCGCUAAUGUAAGUUAUCUUCUCAUCCCUCACUCAUAAAUUUUUAAUUUCAGCACCAAGGAGUGGCGUUCAUGCUGUCCGACAUGGCGAGCAACUUAGAGCUGGCCCGUCUCAUCACCUACCGUUCGGCCGUCGACACCGAUCUCGGAUCCAACUCUUCCUACUUUGCCUCAAUCGCCAAGUGCUUCGCCGCGGACACUGCCAACAUUGCGGCCGCGAAUGCGUGUCAGGUAGGACAUGAAUCACGUGGAUUCUCGUUGACUUUUCUAGUUUUAGAUCUUCGGAGGCGCCGGUUUCAACUGCGAUUACCCGGUGGAAAAGUUGAUGCGCGACGCGAAGAUCUAUCAGAUCUACGAAGGAACUUCGCAGAUCCAGCGGAUGGUCAUCUCUCGCCUCCUUCUCUCUCAUUUCGCCCGGAACGGAACCAGCAAAAUGGGUUAA